UCGGUUGUUUAGCUAUAGAAUAGAGUUUCCUGUUGCUGUUGAAUACCAGAAAGUGAAAUCAUGAGGUAGGACAAAUUACACAGCCUGUCAACCAACAUAGAGUGAUCUAUUGUAUAGUAUCAACACCCAGCAAUCAUCGGCCAGCAACCAGAUUCUAUGGAGAACGUAACACCAAGACUAAGGGAUUGGUUUUGAUUAAUGACAAUCCAUUCAAGGCGGCCAUCGACAAUCAGCAGACAGCGUUGUGUCACCUUUACAGGGAGCGGAGUUGGAUUUGUUGGUCGACUGCCGUAGGACAGUGUGUGCCCGCAGCUUAAAGCUACGUUAACACCAAAGCCUGGAUCUGGUCUGGUGCCCGGACAGAAAAUUUUAUAAAAUGGUUUACCAUCCACAUAUGUAGAUGGAUUCCAUAACAAGGAGGCAGUUCAGCAGAUGACAUACCGUCCUCUUGGAGAAACAGGCUUAAAUGUUUCCUACAUAAGCUUCGGUGGAUCUGCAGUUGGUGGUGUUUUUGAUUCAACCGAUGAUGGUGAAUCCAUAAAAGUUGUACAAACGGCAAUUGAAAGCGGUAUAAAUUUUAUUGACACUGCACCUUGGUAUGGAAAUGGAAGGUCAGAGAUGGUCCUUGGAAAGGCAUUAAAAAAUAUUCCACGAGAAGCUUAUUACAUUUCAACCAAAGUGUGCCGAUACAAACCUGACGUUUCCCAGAUGUUUGAUUUCUCAGCUGAGCGGACGCUACAGAGUGUCGAUGAAAGUCUGAAACGUCUCAGCUUGAAUUAUGUGGAUAUCAUUCAGGUUCAUGAUAUGGAGUUUGCACCUAGCCUUGAUGUUGUGAUAAAUGAGACGUUACCAGCACUUCAAAAGGUUAAAAGUAGUGGUAAAGCGCGUUUCAUUGGUAUAACUGGAUAUCCACUGGGAAAUUUCAAGACCGUUAUUGAGCAAAGCACCGUGAAAAUUGAUAGUAUCUUAAGCUACUGUCACCUUACUUUAAACGAUUCUUCACUUCUAGAUAAUCUUCCCUAUUUUAAGGAGAGAGGAAUUGGGGUGAUAAAUGCUACACCGAUCUCUAUGGGGUUGCUCACUAAUAGAGGGCCUCCUUCAUGGCAUCCAGCAACAGAUGAUAUAAGGAAGGCUUGCCAAGGUGCAGCAGUUUAUUGCCAAAGCAAAGGUGUUGAUAUUUCAAAACUAGCAUUGUAUUUCAGCCUUCAAUUCCAACAAGUUGCAACAACUUUAUGCAGUACUGCAAGCCUUGACAUCCUACAAAAAAACUUGUCAAGUAUACGAGAACCACUGAACCCAUUAGAAUUUCAGAUAAUGGUGGAAAUUAUUGAAAAUUAUUUUAAACCUUUGGGCAACCAGACUUGGGAAGGAAUAGAAGUACAGGACUACAGGCAGAGACUUCAGUCUGGAGAGAGGAUUGGCUAACUGUAUUUCAAGCCAUCAAGUUAUGGAUAAGAUGCAAUAGCUUUGAAUACCUCGUAGAAUAUUAAAAACUUCCAUCUCACUGCUUGUUCUAAAGUAAAAUGGAAGGAAAUUUGUGUGGGGCCAGAAGCAAAUUUCAGUACUCUUAUUAAAAAUCUAUGUUCUAUGGGUCUGCUUUUGGUUACGCACAAUUUAAUGCAUUGGAGGUAGUACUCCACAUAUGUUUUUAUCUUUGGAAAAACAGUGCAAUUGCAGGCACGGAUUCAGGAUUUUCCCUAACCUUCGCACAGAUUGGGUGGUCCUUGCAGUGGUGGAUACAGAAAUUUGAAAAAAUACAGGGUCCCCAAAGAUAGACACCUCAGCCCAACAUGGGUGAGGCUGAGGUAAAAAAAUGAAGAAUACAUCGCCUCUGGAUGACCUGCAAUGGCACUCUCAGGAUUUGAUUAUAAUUUUCAGUUUUUUCUCCGUUCUUUAAAAAUAAUUUUUAAAUAUUUACAGUGGCCCGGGCCGAUUGGAUUCUCCUUGAAUCCACCACUGCAUGGGGCAAUCAUCUAACGGUCAAGUGACCUAAGGUUUUAAAACAAAUAUUGCUUAUUACGGAAUUUCUGUAAAAGAUAAAUGAACAGAUUCCUGAGACAUGCCUUGAAUAUCAACUACAAACAACAUAUUACAAAUGAAGACCUAUAUGGAGAUAUUCCCCCUGUAUCGAGGACUUUGAGUGCAUGAAGGUUAGCAUUUGCUGGACAUCGCUACAGAAGUUAUUUCAAGGGUUUUUUUUUAUUUUUCGGGAACCAACCCUUGGGAAAAGGGAGCAAGGACCCCCAACUACAUACAUCGAGCAAUUAGGAAAGGAUCUAAACACACAGGGCAGUAGGCCUACAUUCCACAACUUAUGGAAAACAGAUUUGUGAAAAGUCACUAAAAUGUUAUAGAUUUGCUCUUCAUUAAUGGGGUGUGCCUGAUAAAAAGUGAGAGACAAGGAAGAUAUUGCUGAAGUGGCAUAUCCAGGGAGUGCCUUCCUUCAGGGGUUGGAAAAAAAUAUAAAGUGUAACUUUUUAAAUGUUAAAAAAUAACCGACAAAUUUAAAGUAUUGAAGUACCAUUCCCAGCAUCUAUAAAAGUCCCCAAUUCUUACCAUUUUCUCACAUCAGCCUCAACCAUGGCGGGGCUCAGGUGAAUAUACUAGUAAUUCAUGUAUAAUUAAAGUGCGCCAUUUCUGGCAUCUAAAAGUCCACAAUUCUUAAAGUUUUCUCGCCUCAUCCAUAAUGUGAUAAAUUUCGUAGUUUUAUGUAUUAAAGUGCCAUUUUCCCGCAUCUAAAUGUCUCAAAUUCUUACAAUUCUCUUACCUCAGCCCCAACCAUGGUGGCGGAGGUGGAUGGAUUGGUAGAUAUCAUAAUUCUUGUACUAUUCAAGUGCUAUUUUUGGGUAUCUAUAUGAGUCUCAAAAUGUUCUCACCUGAGCUCCAACCGUGUGGUGGGGCUCAGUUGGACAAGAUUUCCAGAAUUGUAAGAAUUUAAGACCCGAUUUUUUUUUUUUACAAACACUCACAAGCCCAAUUUAAUUGGGUGAUUAUAUAGAUAAUUGCAUUAAGACUGUUAUAUAUAGGUAGUAAAGUUUCUGCUUUUCAUAAAUGAAUUACAUAAUUUCUUGUAUGCAA